GUCGCGGAUGUGCGUGUAUGUUGCAAUAGAAGAGGGGGUGCGUUUUCACUCGUGUCGAUCGUCGUUUUUAUUUCCACCACCGUGGAUUUUGUUUGUUGACAGUUUGGCGUGUGUGACCUUUCUAUGCCGGUGUUUUCGGUAGUGGUUCAGAAGAAACAAUAAUAUCAUUGUGGAAUUUGCGGAAUUUCUCAAGUAGUGAUGUUUAGUAAAGGUGCUCGACAUUGAUUCGUGAUCGAGAACGGUGUAAACAAAAGAUCGAGUGAGUAGUGAAGAAGAAGGUAGGCAAAAAACCCAGCGUUGGAGUAGUGAAACAAAACCAUCUUCUGAUCGACAAAGAUCGGUGAUCACCUGUGUGAGUGGGAAAAAGACGGUUGAUAAGUUGAUAGAAAAAAAAAAAACAAGAUCAAAAGCGAGAAUUAAAGACUGAACUAUUCAAACAAAUCUAACGGAGACUCACCGCGUCGCAUCGACUGGAAUGCAAUCCACGCCUGCAUGGCAUGUCUAUAGGCAGCUGAUUUAUUGUGUUUAAUUAUCGCUGGACCUGGUGGAACGUGACGGCUCUCGUCGGGAGCUGUGACUAAGAAUCACGAUGCACGAUUUCUGCUUGGGUCGAGACAGGGAAGAAAACAAGUGAAGAAACCGGCAAAAUAUUUGCGGCAAGUGCUUGUUUCCGUUUGAGGUGUUGUUUGGAGAGAGAGAGAGAAAAAAGAGCAAUAGGCGUGCAAUAGAAAGUAGAAAAUGAUCAACAAGUGCAUUAUAGUGAAGGGUAUUCUGAAGCAGGUUGAAAUCGCGCGGUAAAGAGACCGAAUCAGGUGCGCGGAAUAAAGCGGAAAGAAAAGAAAAAAAGUGCGUAAAGUGAAUUAAUGCAGUUAAUGAGUGAGUGAAGAAAAGGUUGAAAAAAAAUAAAAUUGAGUGAAAACCACAAGCAAUAGCAAGACCUUCGCAGGUUUAAGUUCGAGAAAGUCUCAGACACGGUAGCACAAGCAAAGAGAAAAAAAAGAAGCAAGAUGAAAGAGAAAAGAUUGCACUUGUUGGUGUCGACAAUCGUUGCAUCGCCAAAAAUGCAUGCCCUACUUUCGUUACUGGCAGUUCUGUUCGUUUUCACCGAAGCCGCUCAACGGCAACCGGUCUAUAUCAACAAGUGCUGUAGGGUCGGCGACUAUUACGACGAUGCACAGCAGCUGUGCGUGGCCGGUGGCAUUCAAAAGUGGGUUCCAAAGAUAUUCCUCCCAGCAAAGAAUCAAAUCUACACCGAUGUUGGCAAAGCUCCCGUUCACAUGAUAUUCGUGGAGGACAAAAGGCCCGAGGGCUGUAAGGUUACUGCUUACACGACCGAUCAGAUCCUGCUCAUGGGUAACGGGUCACUAUUUUUGAGUCAAAAACACACGCUUAUAUCUUCGCCGGAGUACUGCGUGGAUGAGAAAGUUGCUCUGGUGUGCGCUCGGGAUAAUGGAAUGGAUUCGCUACAGGCUCCCGAGAAAACAAGCACCGUAUGGCGCUGCUGUGGGCCAAACUUUGCCUACGACCGGGCGAAUCAGACAUGUGUUAAAUUGGACCAGUCACACGUCAGUUUCGGUGCCAAAAUCGUGUCCUCUCCGCACGUGGAUGUGAGCUUCCAGUUUCCCGACUGCAAGGAGCACGUGAUUGCGGGAUUUUUCAAACCGGAUAAUCUCCACGAGGACACCGGAUCGGUGACGAUUGAUUCCGGGAAGAUUUUCUCCUCGCAUGAGUACUGCUUGGAGCAAGCGCUCGACGGCAAGACGGUGUAUGUGUUUUCAUGCUCGGAACACCUGCAGCCGGACUCGGUGCCGAUUAAAAAUCAGGACAUCCGAUUUGCGCUGUACGCCGCAGGGCUGCUGGUUUCGGUGAUAUUCCUUGGAGCGACCCUUGCCACCGGGUACCUGGUAACUUCGCAGCAUCACGUCCUCCAUUGGCGCUGUCAGACGCACUACGUUGGGUGUCUGCUGAUUGGGGACCUCUUCUUGGCCAUCGUCCAGCUGUCCGGAAACACGAUAACCGGUCCGGCGUGCACAAUGAUAGCUAUCAUCGUGCAUUUCUUUUUCCUGGCUGCCUUCUUCUGGCUGAAUACAAUGUGUUUCAAUAUUUGGUGGACUUUCCGUGAUUUACGCCCGACGUCGCUGGAGAAGAGCCAGGAAAUUUGCCGUCUGCGGAUCUACGAGGUGUACGCCUGGGGCGUGCCGCUAGUCAUUGCUGGCGUGGCGGCGAUUUUGGACAACCUGCCGGACACCGUCUAUCUGCGGCCACGAUUCGGCGAACGGACUUGCUGGUUCUAUGGUGAUUUGGAGAUACUGACCUACUUCUUCGGACCGGUGGGCAUUCUGCUGUGCAUCAAUCUUCUGCUAUUUGCAUCCACCGCUCGGCAGUUGACCUGUGGUCUCUGGAAGCGAGACGAUGUCAAAUCGACCACGGAACGCCGCGGUCUGGUUUCUUCUCCCUCUUACAGUGCUGCCCUGGGUCGUGUCUGCAUGAAGCUGGUGGUCGUCAUGGGUGUCACCUGGGUCGCCGACGUGGCUUCCUGGGUUUUCGGUGGACCGGACUACAUCUGGAUGGUGACGGAUCUGAUCAACGCACUGCAGGGGGUGUUCAUCUUCAUCGUAGUCGGCUGUCAACCGCAGGUCUGGUCCGCGAUAAAACGCCUGUGGAACUCGAAAACAGGCCGCUCGUUCACCAACACCACCCACGGCCCGCAGCACUCGAGUUCGUCCCACGGGCUGCCCUCGAUGGGAGAGUCCAUUACGAAUAACACCUGCACCAACAAUACGACGACCACGACCAACUCCCAGAACCGAGUACCCAUGGAAACGGUCUGCUAGGACGGCAUCACAGCAAGCGUGGUGAAUAUGAUUUAACGACACUAACAUCAACAACAACCGUUGAUCUAAGGAUACCUAAGAUACUUUUUUUCCUUCGUUGUCUUUCUCUUGGAAAGAAUUUUUUUUUUACACCAACAAACUUUUACUGUAGGCUUUCAAUAUUAUUUUUUCGUCAGGUUGGAGAAGAUUUGAACGCAUUUACAGCCUUACUGCCAAUAUGAGUUUAGUAGUUUGUAAGCGAAAAAGCUAGUUGGAUUAAAGGAUUACAGGAUUUUCAAUCCCGUGGAGAAAAAAAAAAUCGAAUUGGAAGCAGAAGUUUAUCCAAACAUGUGAAAAUUGAUAGUCUUUGAAGUUUUUAUGUAAAUAUUUGUUUUCAAUGUACAUUUUUCUUUCUUUAGCGCUUGUCUGUAUAUUUCUGAAAUGUGAUUCAGUGCGUUAAUUCAUUUUAUUCGUUUUCUAUCAUCAAAAUUUGAAGCUUUAAUUAGUGGGAUAAACUCAUUUUUAGUAGAACCCAGCAAAACAUGGUUGGUUGAAAAUUUAGCUAAUUUUGUAGAUUUUUCCAGUAACAUUAUCAAACCUCAACUGAUUUUUUUCUGUUGGGUACGAACUCGCCAACUAACACUAACAUUAUAAAUCAGCCUUCUUCCGUUACUUACAUCCCUUUUGUUGUUUAUGUUCAACAUUCUUUUGUGUAAAUAUUGUACUAUUUAUUCAAUGUACUCUACCUAGGUUAAGAAUGACCCAACAAAAUGCGCAGCCGAAAAGCUAGGAUAAUUGACUGAAAAUUUAGCAUAUAUGCGAAACUAGGACAAGUCGAAACAGUUGUUUACAAUUUUGUAUGCGUAACUUUUUGAGGCGUAGCUGUUGUAGAACAAAAAAAAAGUCAGAUUAAACUCCGGACGUGUUUUGGAACCGUUUUAAACAGUCAUUAGUCCUUUGGGAUUUUUAGGUGUUUUAGAAGUGUACACUGUCGAACUGAUUAACCAGAAAUCUGCAACUGCAUUAAGCGCUUAUAAUCCAUAGCAAGCGAUCAAUAACAAAAAGUCCCACCGAGGUGACGUUAAGAUGUGACGACAGACUAAAAGCAUAAUCAUAACUAUGUUUUUUAUGGAACGCCGAAUCGUUCAAUAUUUAAAAGCUGUAACAAAACACCACACUGUCCAUUUACUAGUCGGAAAACGAAACUCUAUCAGUAUAUAUUCUCUUCCCCUCGAGUAGCUAUCGCAAUUUUUCAACCUUUACUCUUUGGAUCGUAGGAAAAUUUUAACCUUCACUACCAAAAGCAGAAAGUAGAACAAAUUUCAUCCAGUAUCAUCAACAGUUCGCGUAGUUGAAACCGAAAGGAUCAACCAAAUGCAUCUUCAAUCACUCACACAGUAUUUGCAGGUUAAUAUUUCAAUCGUACAGCUUAUAAUUGCAAUCGGAAAUAGCAGCUGGACGAAACGAUUAGUGUAGGAGUUCUGUAAAAAGAAAAUCAUCAUCAUACAUCAUGCGAAUAACGUAACGCGCGCUAUGACUAACUUUUACACGCAACAAACAAAGAAUGUCGCUGGAAAUGUAUUCAAAUUGCAUUGUAUUUAGAUUGUAGGAUAUUUGUAAGCAUAUUCUUCGAUUAAGUGCGCUACUACACGAUAAUAACAGUUUACACUAGAAGCUCUAAGUAUAAGCAGUAGACCAAAACGAAGCAAACUCGAAUAAAUACAAAGGAACAAUAAUAAUAGUAAUUAUUAGUGACGGAUGGGGAUUCAUGGCAAAUCAUG